CUGCUUGACUGAUUAUCUCUUGUACUGAUAUGUAGAGAAUGGGAAACAUUGGUGAUGUUGUUCCUUUCUUUGGGAGAACCUUCAACAAAAUCUACCCACUCAUUAUGGUUGUUUAUACUCUACUGGUCGCUUGUAAUUUCUUUGAGCAUCUGAUGGAAUUUUUUGGGAGCUUAAAAAGGUUCAAGUGCUGGACUGAUCAAGAAGAUAUGGAUGGGUUGGAUCCAUCUGGAAUGUUUAUUCUGCAGAAAGAGAGAAAUUCGAUGGAACAGGGACGCAAGGUCAGUGAGCAUGCAACUCCACUAGCAAGAAAUUUCAGCAGUAUAGGCAAAGACGUCGAAUCGGGAAAUGUACCACUGGGUGAACCGACAGUUGAAAUGACUCCAGAACGAACCACCCAAACGAAACACAGUGGCAACAUUGCCUACCAAUAUUCUUCAGUCAGAGACCAAAGCAGCAGUCUGAAACCAGUGGAGCAAGUGCAGAAGGGGAUCUCCUCGGCCUCCAUCAACCUUGAGGCCGAAAGCUCAGAAGAGCCGCCUUCCGCGAGUACAGAACCAGAAUCACCACCAGCUGAAACGGCCUCAAGGUGGGCCUCAAUGAAGAUGGGUCUUCAGAACUUCAGAGCAAGCAUGGGCUCCAAGAAGUUCUUCCGUUUGAGCCCGUCCCCGAGUCUCGGGACGAACGCGCCGUCCGCCACGGAAUCGCUCGACGAGAUCUUCCGGAAAUUGAAACGGAAUUCGAGCAGCGCGGAUGCGGAUCACCUCGACGACGAUGGGUUACCCUGACGACGAUGGCGGCGACAACACGAAGGAACG